AUCUAAGUGAAAAAUAUCUUAGUGUUUUAAUGUUGUUUAAUUAUAAAAAAAAGUUGGACCUCUUUUCAUGUUUAUGAGCUGUUUUUAUUUCCUCUUCUGUGAUGUACUUGUGCAUAGGAUAGUAGACUUUUAAUUGGCUGGCAGAUUAGUCGUAAUUACAAAGAGAAACCUUCACAGUUUGGAACCAUGCAUUAACUUAUUAAUUCUUCAAUACAACGUUCUGGCCUGCCAGAGCCUACCCUUGUGGAGGACAAGAGGGCUUUAUAUUGUAAGGCCACAAGAUUGGGAGAGAGACAGAAUUCAGGAAUAACCAGAACUGUAUGAUAUCUCUUUUAUAAUGGAGACCAAGAGGGUUAUAGUAUCAUUAGUUUGUGAGCUGAAUGCUGGAACUUAGAUUAUGCUGUUAGUCUUUAAAUUUUAAAUAUUCUUCUCAAACCUUGUUUUUCUUUAACAUACAUGACUUGGUUGUAGUGUAGUAGUUUUAGUUUAGUAGGUUUGAAAUAAGACACAACUCUGGGACUUGAAUGAAGUCAAUAUUAGAUCCAGAGAUUAAAUCUAUGAUUGUUUAGAUUUGAUUAAUAUGGGUUUUUUGCACAUAGUUAGAAUGUUCUUGUUAACAUUUUUUAAUACCUUUGCUAUGUCAGACUGUCACUUUCAAAGAUAUCAGGUAUUCUCUGCUUUUCAGGCUAUGCAGCUAUCUGUGGGAGAGACAUAUUUCAGUACUUCCAUAAAAGUGAAGCUAGAAUAUACAUGUAAUAUGGAGAGCACAGAGGAAGGUUUUAUCUAGUGUAGGGAUUUAAAGGAAGGCUUCCCAAAGGAGAUAUGAUAACCUAAACUGAGUCUUGAAGGAUAAGUAAGAGUUAGUUGGAGUAGUAAGUAGUAAAGGAAACAACAACGAAAUGGACUACAAGUAGUGGGGUAUUCUUAGAAUACAUUUGAGGUGAAAAGUGACUUAUGGUGAGGCUGGGAAGAUAAGAAAGAACCAGGUAAUGAAGGGCCUUGAGUACCGUGCUAAAGACACCCUGUAUUUUAUAGGUUAAGGGGGAUCAUUUUGAGCAAUGGCAGGGUCAGAUUAGCAUUUUGGAGGUCACUGCCUAAAGAUUGAUUUAGUGGACAAGACUGAAGACAAGGAAACAUGUUGGGAAACAGUUCCAGUAAUCCAGGCUAUUAGGAAAAGAUGGUGGAUCGCUUGGCAAACAGUGAAGCAAAUACUAGACGUAUAAGUAUAGUGGAAAACUGUUUUGGAGCAGCUGGUCAACCCUUAACUAUACCAGGACGGGUUCUUAUUGGAGAAGGAGUAUUGACUAAGCUGUGCAGAAAAAAGCCCAAAGCAAGGCAGUUUUUCUUAUUUAAUGAUAUUCUUGUAUAUGGUAAUAUUGUCAUCCAGAAGAAAAAAUAUAACAAACAACAUAUUAUUCCCCUGGAAAAUGUCACUAUUGAUUCCAUUAAAGAUGAGGGAGACUUAAGGAAUGGAUGGCUUAUCAAGACACCAACUAAAUCAUUUGCAGUUUAUGCUGCCACUGCUACUGAGAAGUCAGAAUGGAUGAAUCACAUAAAUAAAUGUGUUACUGAUUUACUCUCCAAAAGUGGGAAGACACCCAGUAAUGAACAUGCAGCUGUCUGGGUUCCUGACUCUGAGGCAACUGUAUGUAUGCGUUGUCAGAAAGCAAAAUUCACACCCGUUAAUCGUCGUCAUCAUUGCCGCAAGUGUGGUUUUGUUGUCUGUGGGCCCUGCUCUGAAAAGAGAUUUCUUCUUCCCAGCCAGUCCUCUAAGCCUGUGCGGAUUUGUGACUUCUGCUAUGACCUGCUUUCUACUGGGGACAUGGCCACAUGCCAGCCUACUAGAUCAGACUCUUACAGUCAGUCAUUAAAGUCUCCUUUAAAUGAUGUAUCUGAUGAUGAUGAUGACGAUGAUGAUAGCAGUGACUAAGAACGCAUUUUGAAAUAUUUAAUUAAUUGGGUGUGACUAUCUGAGAAAUCAGCUUUGGGGGAAUUGUAAAGUUCUGAGCUCUCUCUUGAUUUUGCUCUAGCCAUGAAUUUGCCUGAGAAACUUGUAACCUACAUGUGCCUCAAUAUGUUCUAUAGAAAGUAGUUUCCCCUGCCUUUUCCCCUUCUUCACUCUUCUACAGGGAUAGACUUUUACAAAUAUAUCACAUAAAUUUUUUGUUUCUUAUUUCUAGAUUGUUUUCUUGGAAGGUUGGGAAAGGUGUUUAUUUAACAAAUCAUGUACUACAUUGUUAUUUUCGUUUCUGUUAUAUGGAAAAACUAAAAGCACAGAAUGAUGAGAAAUGGUGUAUAAGGUGGUUCAUUAAUACUAUUAUUAGCAUUUUUCUAACCAGCCUAUCUAAUGGUUAAGACACCAGUAACAAAAAUACAUGAUUUGGAAAUUCUUUGUUUGGCUUUUUCAUAUACCUAGUGGUGCCUUAUCGUAAUAGCACUGUUACAUGAAAUAAGCCCCUACCUUCUCACUUUUUGGUUUGUUUAAAAAAUACACUGGUGCUCUUUGAGGUGAUGAGUGUUUAUGAAUGGAUAUAAUUAGGAAAUACUUCUCAUCUGAUAGCUACAAAUAACUAAAUUUGGAGGUAUUUUCAUUCUGUAUGAAUACGUAUUUUUCCAUAAAAUAGUUGUGAUUAUAUUUUUAUGUUUUAUAGGUCUCAAAUUAUAAUUGUCAAAUAUAUAUUUUAAAUUAAUAAUAGGUUGUCAUUCUUAGGAAUUUGGUUUGAAAUUUAUCAAUAAUACAGAAUUGUCAUAUUGCAUUAGCUUCUACUUUUAGUAUGACUUAUUUUUAGAUAUAAAUUCAUCUGCUUUAACAUUUCUAGAAUGAAAAUCUUAUAAAACCCUUGAAAAUACACAAUCUCUUUAAAAAAAGUCACAUGAUAGAGCACAGAUUUACUUAGGUUUGAAGAUUUGGAAGAAAUAAUAUGUAAGUCAAAGUUUGACUAGACUUCAUAUCUGAUUAUCUAUUUCAGUGUGAAACUAUCUUGAAUUUACAAAUAUAGUGUUAUAUUUUAUAAAGUUUUGUAAAGUCCCAAACAAUAUUUCUAUUUUUGUAAAACAGUUGUAUGUGUAAUCUGUUUCUGAAAUAAUUUUGCAAUCUAUGGAAAUAGGGUAGCAAUUGAUAUUUCUAAAUUGUGAAAUUUAAGCCAGUCUAGAUUUGUUUUGAGAAGUGAUAAUUUUUCAUUCUUUGCUUUUGAGGCAGCCAUUAGGUUGAAAGUAUAUUUAUCAUAUAAAACUUGAUGCAUUUUGCACUACUCUCUCCAUUUCUAUGCUACAAAUAAUUACAGUCUUUGAAAUAUGGAAAAUAUUCUAAAGUUUGUUUUAAAUUCUAAAUAAAAAAAAUUUAAAUUUGAAUAUACUGCAAAUGUCAUGAGAGGUUUGAUUCAAUAACUUGUGAUGGAGGAUUCUUUGUUAUCUUACUGUUUGGUUAAGGCACUAAUUUUAUUUUACUGUUAAGUUUUGGAAAGCAUCUGAGAUACACAGAUCUCCCUGUAGGAAAUGUGAAAGAAAAGCACAACAGAACUAGGGUUUUAUUGUUUUGUUGUUUGUUUUUUCAAUAUCAGAUGGGCUUUUGUUUCUAAGCAAUACAUACAUACAAUCAGUCCAACAUAUCUGAAAAAGACCAUGAAACCUGAGAAAUGCUAAUGGAGACUUGCUGGUACAUAGGAAGCUAGCAAAUUCAGGAACCAAUGGGAAAUGUUCUGAGAUAAAAUUUGCAUUGUCAACCUCUAUGUCAACUUCUAUUGACUGUUUUUACAAUAAAAAUAUUUUACAACUUG